CCCCCGAACCAUCAGCGAACACACACAACGCUGAACGCAGCGGUCACACAGGCGGGCCCCCCGGCUCCGGCUUGCCUCGGUGUUGCGACUGCCCCCCCUCGCGACCUCCUCCUACUCCCCCGCGGUCCGGGCGAUGGACGCGCGCCGGGUCGGCGGCCGCAUCGCGGCGGCGCGGCGGAGGGCGCUCGCCGCCGCGGGCGCGCUGCCCCUCCCGAUGCAGCGGAUCACCAACGGCCUCGCGAUGGUCUCGCUCGUGCUCUCCUCCUGCGACCUGCUCCGCCUCUGCAGCGACAGGGACCGGCCCCUCGGCUUCCGAACCCUCGGCGGCCGCGCGUUCGCCACCGUCGUCUGCCAGCUCGCCUCCGUCGUCUACCUCCUCAGCCUGUUCGGCCUGCCCUUCUCGCAGCCCGACCCCCCCGCCAGCGCCGACGGCGACGAGGAGGGCGAGUCUCGCCGCUCACCGCCGGCCGCUGCGCCCGCCGCCGUCGCGCCCGCGCCAAUGCCUGACGGGAUGCAGACCGGGGACGAGGAGAUCGUCGCCGCGGUGGUCUCCGGGGCGCUGCCGUCGCACCACCUCGAGUCGCGGCUUCGGGACUGCCGCCGCGCGGCCAGGCUGAGGCGGGAGGCGCUGCGGCGGAUAACCGGGCGGGGCCUGGAGGGGCUCCCCUUUGAGGGGAUGGACUACCAGGCCAUCCUGGGGCAAUGCUGCGAGAUGCCCGUCGGGUACGUGCAGCUGCCGGUCGGGGUCGCCGGCCCGCUGCUCCUGGACGGGUGCGAGUACCAUGUCCCCAUGGCCACCACCGAGGGAUGCCUCGUCGCCAGCGUGAACCGCGGCUGCAGGGCCAUUGCAGCCUCCGGGGGUGCCAUGAGCGUGUUGUUCCGGGACGCCAUGUCCCGCGCACCCGCCAUCAAGUUGCCUAGCGCCAAGCAGGCAGCGGAGCUCAAGGUGUUUGUCGAGGCGCCUGCCAAUUUUGAGGCGCUGGCUGCUGUCUUCAAUAAAUCAAGCAGAUUUGGUAGACUUCAAGGUAUUCAGGGUGCACUAGCUGGAAGAAACCUUUACAUGAGGUUUACCUGUAGUACUGGAGAUGCUAUGGGGAUGAAUAUGGUGUCAAAAGGUGUCGAGAAUGUCUUGGGCUACCUGCAGAAUAACUUCCCCGACAUGGAUGCCAUCAGCAUAUCUGGUAACUAUUGUUCAGACAAGAAGCCUAGUGCUAUAAACUGGAUAGAAGGUCGCGGGAAAUCUGUUGUUUGUGAGGCUACAAUUAAAGGAGGAAUUGUGCAGAGUGUUCUAAAGACUACCGUGGAAAAGCUCGUUGAGCUUAACAUCAUCAAAAAUCUUGCUGGGUCAGCUGUAGCUGGAGCCCUAGGAGGUUUCAAUGCCCAUGCGAGCAAUGUUGUCACUGCCUUAUUCAUUGCUACAGGCCAGGAUCCUGCGCAAAAUGUUGAAAGCUCGCAAUGCAUCACUAUGUUGGAGGCAGUGAAUGGAGGAAAGGAUCUCCAUGUCUCUGUGACCAUGCCGUCCAUUGAGGUAGGCACGAUUGGGGGUGGCACCUGUCUUGCCUCGCAGGCUGCCUGUUUGAACCUGCUUGGUGUGAAAGGUUCAAACCAUGCCUCCCCUGGUGGAAAUGCUAGACUCCUGGCUACCAUUGUAGCGGGCAGUGUACUCGCCGGCGAGCUCUCUCUCCUAUCUGCUCUAGCUGCAGGCCAGCUUGUGAAGAGCCACAUGAAGUACAACCGUUCGAGUAAAGAUGUCACCAAGCCUGAUUCUUGAGUAGUCCCCCUAGGAUCUGUGCAGUUGCUGACCAUAUUUAGACAGGAGAGUUGCCAAACUGGGAGCUAUGAUAGAGACUUGCCUGUAAAUACUGCUGAUUGAGCCAGCGGUCUUCAGGUGUUAGAUGCAGCCUCUGUUGUUAGCAUAAUUUGUGAAGGAAGCACCCAACUUAUCGUGCAGCUUCUGACUGUAAUUUUGUUUUGUGACCCUGCAGAUAUUUAUGUUUUCUUUUGUAACCGUCUAGACUUUUUCUUCCCAAUUCGUUUAGAUAGAACAGAUCAGAUUAACUUGUGAUUGAUGUUCUUCCUUUUUAUGCAGUACAGUUAUUUAUCUUGUCCACA